AUGUUCUCCUUCUUAUUUGUCUUUUAUUUUUUGUUCUCAUUUGUCAAUUGUCGUAUACAUAAUCUUGAUAUAAUUGAUGAUAAUCGUCCACAAAUUUUAUUGAGUACAUUUGGUUUUCUUCGUGGUGGUACAAUGAAUAUAAAUGUUACAGAUUUUACUUAUGAUAAAGCAGGUGUUGGUAAAGAUACUGUGUUUGGAUUUAGUAUUGCUAAAGCAAAGAAUAGUGGUAUUGCCGAAUAUUUGCAAAGUCAUACAAGUCGAUCAUGUUUAUUCUAUCAAAUUGAACAAACAAAUGAAAUACCACAUGUAUAUUUUAUGAUGGAUCAUAAAUCAGAAAAACCAAAAAUAAACAUCAUAAGACGUUUAGCAGAUUUUGAACUUCUUGAUAUUGAAUAUGACAUACAACCAGAUAGAGUUCAAUCAAAUAUAAAUGAAACAAUAACAUCAAAUGUUACUAAAGCAUCACGUCAGAAAAUGGCAAAAAAUGAAACACUUAUAAAUGAAAUUCCUAUGAAACGAAUUGAUGGAACAUUACAUAGAUUUCGUUUUCAAUUUCAAAUUAUAGUUACACGUAAAUCUGAAGAAGGUUUAUAUAAUUUAUAUUUUCAUAAUUGUUUUAAUACAACUGAUAGUGAAUUAAAUCAAAGAUCAUUAAAUAUUAAUUUAACUGCUUUAUUAAUAGAAAAAAAUAUUGAUAAUUAUCUAUCAGCUGGAGAAAUACCAUUACCUGUACUUUAUUUUACUUGGGCUGUUAUAUAUUUUCUUUCAGGAUUUUAUUGGAUAUUUGUUUUAAAAUCAUCAAAACAUCCGGUGUACAAAAUUCAUUAUCUAAUGUUAUUUCUUGUUCUUACCAAAGCUUUCUCACUUGUUUUUCAUGGGAUUAAUCAUCAUUAUAUAGCAAGUAAAGGACGACAUGAAGAAGCAUGGGCUAUUCUAUUUUAUAUAACUCACGUUUUACGUGGUCUUCUUUUAAUUGUUGCAAUAUUACUUGUUGGUACUGGCUUUACAUUUAUUAAACAUGUUCUUUCAGAACGUGAAAGAAAAUUAUUUAUUAUUGCUAUACCACUUCAAAUAUUAGCUGUUGUUGCUCAAAUAUUUUUAGAAGAAAAAGAAGAGAGUGAUACUGUUUAUGUAACAUGGAAACAAAUAUGUUUUAUUGUUGAUCUUUUAUGUUGUGGCGCAAUUAUAUUUCCAAUUGUUUGGUCAAUAAGACAUUUGGAACAAUCAGCUAAAACAGAUGGAAAAGCUUUAAGUAGUUUAAGUAAAUUAAAGAUCUUUCGACAAUUUUAUGUUAUGAUUGUUCUUUACAUCUAUUUAACUCGAAUUGUUGUUUAUAUAGUAAAAUUAACAGUUCCAUUUCGUUUUGAAUGGCUUGAAGUUAUUUGUUUUGAAUUAACAACAUUUAUAUUUUUUAUAUUUACAGCUUAUAAAUUUCAACCAGCUAUUAAUAAUCCAUAUUUAGCUUUAUCACAAGAUUCAGAUGAUGAUAUUGAUGGUGAAAUGGAUAUACCAUUAACACAAAAUCCGGUCUUUGAACAAAUUACAAAAGUUAAUCAAAAGCCUAAAAGAUUUUUAACAAAAUUAUCAACAAAAGAUCCCAACAAUUUAAUAACACCAGAUGAAGAUGAUGAAGAUGGUUAUCAUCAUAUCCCUAUGAGUACCUCACAUGUCUAA